ACUACAUUCAGUAUUAGCAUUUAAAAAAAAAAAAAGGCAUUUGUCAUACUGCAGAUUUCAGUGAACCGCAAAAGGAUGAUUAAAAUGCUGGAGUUUGCGGUGCAGAUGUCAUGCGGCAGCUGUGUUAAUGCAGUAAAGAGCGUCCUGGAGAAAGAACCAGGAGUUGAGGCGGUGCAUGUGGACCUGGCUAAGGAGCAGGUUUUGGUGGAGACAGCGCUCACCUCUCUUCAGGUCCAGAGUCUGAUUGAAAGCACAGGCAGACGGGCUGUGCUGAAGGGAAUGGGCGGCACAGAGACAGACCUGGGUGCUGCCGUGGCGAUGGUCAGUGGGGCGGGGCUAGUGCAGGGCGUGGUCAGAUUCCUGCAGCUGUCACAGGAGCGCUGUUUGAUUGACGGGACGAUUGACGGACUGACGCCUGGAGCUCACGGUCUGCAUGUGCACGAACUGGGCGAUCUGACGCAGGACUGCAGGAGCUGUGGAGAUCAUUUCAAUCCGUUCAGGAAACAGCAUGGAGCUCCUCAGGACUCAGAGAGGCAUGUAGGAGAUCUGGGGAAUAUUACGGCUGGUCCUGAUGGCAGAGCUUCAUUCCGGCUAGAAGACUCUCAGAUUAAGGUGUGGGAUGUGAUUGGUCGAUCUCUGGUGGUGGAUUCUGGGGAGGAUGAUUUGGGCCGUGGGAAUCACCUGCUGUCCAAAAUAACAGGAAACUCUGGAGAGAGGCUGGCCUGUGGAAUCAUCGCCCGCUCCGCUGGCUUGUUUCAAAACCCCAAACAGAUUUGUGCCUGUGAUGGUGUGACGCUGUGGGAGGAGAGAGAUCGGCCCAUCGCUGGGAAAGGACGUAAAGUCCCUGACGCACCGACUGCUAAUCUGUAAUGGGAUGAGGAUGCGACCUUCCCACACAUCAAGGACCGCAGAUGGACAUGAAUAAGAUGAAUGAAUAAGAGACCAAAAACGUGCCUGUCUGAAGCUGUGGUGAAUGUACGUUCAGGUUGUACUGAAUGAGAUCAUGAGCCAAGUUUUGAUGUAUCCACAGAAAUCAAACCAUGUGUAAAUAUGUAAAUGUAUGGUGUGGAUAUAGAGUGAAAUGUAUCUCUGAUUAUCACCGUGAUUCUGUCAUACUUUAGUAAGUCUGAUUUUACAUCCUACUGCUUUUUGUUGAAAAUCAACAUUUAAAAACCUAAAAGUUAUUAUUAAACCAUGACUGAUGAAAAAACUAAAAUGUUUCUUGAAAGGGUCAUUUUUAAAUAGAAGAUAGUAUAAAAUAAAACUAGUAAAUACAAUAUUAUAAAUUAUUCACAAAGCGCUUAAUAAUAAUUUCAUUUCAGCCUGCCAUUACUCUGAAUUUCCCACUCUUAUAAACAAGCUCUUCAGCAGUAACCUAAAGUGACUUAAUUAAAAACAUGUCAUUUUUGUUUCAUUUGUAAUGAUUAUUGUUGUACAAAUACUUUACAAAAAUAUCAAAUAAAAUCAACCAAAGUUA